ACUUUCACAAGUUUAAUUUGAAACAACUGUUCACGGAAUCGGGAGUGUUAUGUGCGAUAACUGCUCAUCAAAACAAAACUUUUAUGAACACCUACUGGCGGGUCAAAGUCCACAGUCCACUUCUACCGAGCAAGGUUCAUUAAUUCUAUAUCUUCAUUCAAUUUAAUUAAUUUAUCUUAACCAGUGUACACCCUUCCGAUCUACCUCUUAAAGCCUUUUAUUAUUGUCUUAAAAUUAUUAGUGCUUUUUCACAUAAAACCAUGGCCUACUUACCGCGAAACAUCGUCAAGGGCUCCUCGAUUAUUUCGAAAAGUUUACAAUUUAAUGGGGUAAGAAGUUUCUCUGUAGGAAACCAACUAAAUGAGAAAAAGACCCUCAAGCCUGUAGGACAGAAUAUUGUCUUAGUGGAUGGAGUCCGAACUCCAUUCCUUCUGUCUGGAACUGAUUAUUCUAAGCUGAUGCCCCAUGAGCUUGCUAAGGUGGCUUUGAGAGGAAUCUUACAAAAAACGGGGGUUCCCAAGGAGAUGAUUGACUAUAUAAUCUAUGGAGCUGUCAUCCAAGAGGUUAAGACGUCCAACAUUGCCCGUGAGGCAGCAUUAUGUGCCGGUUACAGCGACAAAACCCCAGCCCAUACCGUUACUAUGGCAUGCAUUUCAUCGAACGUAGCAAUGACCACCGCAGUCGGUUUAAUAAACAGCGGAGUCUACGACAUGAUCGUCGCGGGCGGAGUAGAAUUCAUGUCCGACGUACCGAUCAGACACAGCAGAAAAAUGAGAAGUCUAUUAAUGCGACUCGGCAAAGCCAAAACUCUACAACAAAGACUGUCAUUAAUCGCUAGUAUUAGGCCCGAUUUCUUUGCCCCGGAACUGCCGGCCGUUGCCGAGUUUUCCUCCGGUGAAACUAUGGGACAUUCGGCCGAUAGGUUAGCUGCUGCUUUUGGUGUCACCAGAAAGGAACAGGAUGAGUUCGCCUUAAGGUCACAUACGUUGGCUCAGCAGGCACAGGAUAAGGGUUAUUUCACUGACUUAAUGCCCAUUUUGGUGCCUGGUAGCGAUAAAGAAAUCACAAAAGACAAUGGUAUUAGAGUGAGCACCCCGGAGCAGCUAGCCAAGUUGAAACCGGCUUUUAUUAAGCCUCAUGGUACUAUCACUGCUGCUAAUGCUUCAUAUUUAACAGACGGAGCUUCUGCUUGUCUUAUUACCACUGAAGCUAAAGCAAAGUCCUUGGGGCUGAAGCCUAAAGCUUAUUUGAGAAACUUCUUGUAUGUGUCACAGGAUCCUAUAGACCAACUGUUGCUUGGUCCAGCCUAUGGAACCCCACAGGUUUUGGAUAAAGCUGGAUUAAGUAUGCAGGAUAUUGAUGUGUUUGAGUUCCAUGAAGCAUUUGCUGGACAAAUUUUAGCAAAUUUCAAAGCGAUGGACAGCGAAUGGUUCGCCCAAAGAUACAUGAACCGCAAAUCGAAAGUAGGCGCUCCGCCCCUAAACAAAUUCAACUUGUGGGGCGGCAGUUUGUCGAUUGGACACCCGUUCGCCGCCACCGGUGUCAGGUUGGCCAUGCACACCGCCAACAGGUUAAUUAGGGAGGACGGUCAAUUGGGGCUGAUCGCGGCUUGCGCUGCCGGUGGACAGGGUGUGGCCAUGAUUGUCGAGAGGCAUCCAGAUGCGACACCAAAUUAGGAGAUUUUUGUUUGUUAUUAUAUUUUUUCCUUCGGUAAAGUGUCAAAAUUAAAAGACUCGUGUUACUAGAGUCCUAAAGCAUGAGUUGUUUGUGACAGAGAAUGGUUUUUUUAGGUACUAUGUAUUUAUUUUAAAGUUAUUUUAAUAUUUACGAGAAAACUGUAUACUUGUAUGUUAAAAAUGUUAGAUUUUAUAGACUUUAUUCAAUAACUUUAUCUAACAAUACUGUCCCUUUUUAUAUUGUAUACAAUGAUAAAACAUAUUUUUCAAUAAAUGGUAUUAUUAUA